UUUAGAAGAAUGGCAGAAACCGCUCCAGCUCCAGCUGCUCCACCGGCCAAAGCGCCCAAGAAGAAAACUGCAGCCAAGGCGAAGAAAACGGGUCCGAGCGUGAGCGAGCUCGUCGUCAAAGCUGUGACAGCCUCCAAGGAGAGAAACGGCGUGUCCCUCGCUGCCCUGAAGAAAGCGCUCGCCGCCGCCGGCUACGACGUAGAGAAGAACAACUCCCGCGUCAAGAUCGCCAUCAAGGGUCUGGUAACUAAAGGCACAUUGGUUCAGACUAAAGGAACCGGCGCGUCUGGCUCAUUCAAGCUGAACAAGAAGCAAGCAGAGACCAAGAAGGCCGCUCCUAAAGCAAAGAAACCCGCAACCAAAAAGCCCGCAGCUGCCAAGAAGCCCAAGGCUGCAGCAGCAAAGAAGACCGCCGCAAAGAAAUCUCCGAAGAAGGUGAAGAAGCCCGCUGCCACAGCCGCUAAGAAGGCGACAAAGAGCCCUAAGAAGGCAACCAAGAGCCCCAAAAAGGCAAAGAAGCCUGCGACUCCUAAGAAAGCAGCAAAGAGCCCCAAAAAGGCGAAGGUUGCGAAGCCCAAGACGGCAAAGCCUAAAGCGGCCAAGCCUAAAAAGGCCGCACCCAAAAAGAAGUAAAGUCACCAGCUGAGGUGUUUUGCUCUGGAAACAAACGGCUCUUUUAAGAGCCACCCACCAUCUCACAAAAGAGUUUCAUAUCUGCAUGUAAUGAUUUUUUUUUUUUAACUUUACUGUAGUUUUAUUAGAAUUUUUAAAUGAUCCUGUGUGAGAGCUGAUAUUGAAUGGUCAAAUACUAGGGUGGAUAAUUUCUAGUGGAUUAUUUAAUUUCACAAUAUUUAACAUCAUAAAAAACCCUUCAUUCAUAAAGGGUUUUGCCAGUGGUAAAUCAAUACACCAAAAACACUACUACAAAAACUUAACUUUUGUGAGAGUUUGGCGAAUCUGUUUUCUUGAAUAU